CUGAGAAUAGAAACUAAAUCUUACCCUCACUGCAGUCCCUCCCUUUAAGGACAAGGCAGCUGUUCUUCUCUCCAGAGCACCAAGACACCAACACUCUGCACCCCAUCUGUUUCCUGAACGUCCCAGCUUAGAGGACUCCAAAGAGAGCUACCCCAGUGACCUUGCUCAGAGAAGAAAGAAGUGACAUCGCAGGAGGGCCACUGGCAUCACUGCUCAGGAACAGUACCAUCAACAUUUCCCAGGAAUGGGUCAGACUUCCUCUUCUACACACCCUCCAAAAGAGGAUCCUGAUUUGACAUCCAGCUUUGGCACAAAUCUGCAGAAUUUGGAGAUGAAAACCAAAAUCCUGUCUCAGGAAUUAAUCGCCUUCAUUGAAUCAUCCCUAGAGAAUGGAAACCUUCAGGAAACACUUUCUGCAAUCAGCAGUGCUCUGGGUGACAUAGAGAAAGCCCCACUGAACAUUGCAGUGAUGGGGGAGACUGGCGCUGGAAAGUCCAGUCUCAUCAAUGCUCUGCAGGGAGUGGGGGAUGAUGUAGGAGGUGCAGCUGCUUCCACAGGGGUGGUAUAUACAACCACUGAGAGAACACCAUACACUUACACAAAGUUUCCCAGUGUGACACUGUGGGACCUGCCUGGCAUUGGAUCUCCUGCCUUCCAACCACAUGAUUAUCUGAAGAAAAUCAAGUUUGAGGAGUAUGACUUCUUCAUUAUUGUCUCUUCUGGACGCUUUAAACAUAAUGAUGCAGAACUUGCCAAAGCCAUUGUGCAAAUGAAUAGGAGUUUCUAUUUUAUUCGAACGCACACAGAUAUUGAUCUAAUGGUUGUAAAACUGAAUGAUCCUAGGAAAUUCAAUAAAGAGAACAUCUUAGAGCAGACUCGAAAUACCAUUUCAAGUAUACUUAGGGAAAUUACCCACCAGGAGCCUCCAGUCUUCUUAGUCUCUAACUUUGAUGUGUCUGAUUUUGACUUCCCAAAGCUGGAAUCCACCCUUCUGAGAGAGCUCCCAGCCUACAAACACCAAAUGUUCAUGCUCACAUUGCCUACUGUUACAAAUUCCACCAUAGACCGGAAGAGGGAUAUGCUGAAACAAAAGGUCUGGAAGGAAUCCACAAUGCCAAGUGCAUGGGCUACCAUACCAUUCUGGGGACUGACCCUAAAGGACAUGGAGAUGUUGCAACAGACUUUGAAUGACUAUAGAUCUUCCUUUGGCCUGGAUGAGGCAUCACUGGAAAACAUUGCUGAGGAUUUGAACUUGACACUGGAGGAUCUCAAGGCAAACAUUAAGUCUCCACAUUUGCUCUCAGAUGAACCAGAUAUAUCCUUAACAGACAAACUAUUGAAGGACAUUGGAAAUCCUUACUUUUCAAAGGCUUUCCACUUGCAAAAUUAUUUCAUAGACACAGUUGCGAGUGAUGUUAAAAUUAUCCUCAGUAAUGAAGAGCUUUUGACCGUGAAGCAUCCUCCAAUGCACGCAGCUACAUGCCAGCCUUCCUCUAGCAGACCCUCUCCUUUAAUGGCUCAACUUUUGGUGUUCAGCUUUGAAAAUUUUUUUAAGAAUUUCAAGAAGGAAAGCAAAAUCCUCUCUGAAGAUACCAUCACUUUGAUUGAAUCCCAUCUGGAGGAUAAGAACCUUCAGGGGGCAUUGUCUGUAAUUAGUCAUGCUCUGAGCAACAUUGACAAAGCCCCACUAAACAUUGCUGUGACUGGAGAAACGGGGACAGGGAAAUCCAGCUUUAUCAAUGCCCUGAGAGGAGUGAGUAGUGAAGAAAAAGAUGUAGCCCCCACUGGGGUGGUAGAGACAACCAUGAAAAGAACUCCAUACCCACACCCAAAGCUUCCCAACAUGACAAUAUGGGACCUGCCUGGCAUUGGGUCCUCUACCUUCCCACCACAAAACUAUCUGACAGAAAUGAAGUUCGGUGAGUAUGACUUCUUUAUUAUCAUCUCGGCUACACGCUUCAAAGAAAUUGAUGCACAACUGGCCAGAGCCAUUGCAAAGAUGAACACAAAGUUCUACUUUGUCCGAACCAAAAUAGAUCAAGAUGUCAGUAAUGAGCAGAGGAGUAAACCUAAGUCUUUCAAUAGAGACAGUGUCUUAAAGAAAAUUAGAGAUGACUGUUCAGAACAUCUUCAGAAGGCUCUCUCCAGUCAGCCUCCAGUCUUCCUAGUCUCUAACUUUGAUGUGUCUGACUUUGACUUCCCAAAGCUGGAGACCACCCUACUGAGGGAACUCCCAGCCCACAAGCGCCACCUCUUCAUGAUAUGUUGCUUUGACACCAUGCACAAGUGUGGGACAUUGGGCUAUCUGAUCAGACUGAUCUCCAGUCGAGCUGAGGUCUGA